AUGGUCAAGUUUGCGAGCUUAUUUCUUUCUCCACUGCUCGUAUUGGUUGUGUCUAUUCUAUGUAUUACUUGUAUAAAAUUUUGUGCCGGUGCAACUAGUACGUAUAAUGUGCUGAGUUUUGGGGCUAAACCGAAUGGCGUAAAAGACUCCACUCAAGCCUUCCUAGAUGCAUGGGCUGCAGCCUGUGGUGCUGUUGAUGCCGCCCGCAUAUACAUCCCCAAAGGAAGGUAUUUGCUUCGCCCUCUGGCGUUCAAUGGCCCCUGCAAAAGCCCCCACAUUACUUUUCGAAUCGACGGCACCCUGGUCGCCCCGUUGGAUUACCGAGUUUUGGGGACCGCAGAUAACUGGCUCGACUUCCAAGGAGUCAGCGGUGUCGAUAUCGUCGGAGGCGCUCUUGACGCCAGAGGAUCUGCCUUGUGGGCUUGCAAGGCCAGUGCAACUAACUCUUGUCCCGGCGGAGCCACGACGCUGAGCAUAACAUACUCCAGCAACAUCAAAGUCAUCGGCUUAUUGUCAUUAAACAGCCAGAUGUUCCACAUUGUAGUAAACCAUUGUCAGAAUGUGGAGAUGCGAGGUGUGAAGGUCAUGGCUGCUGGAGACAGUCCAAACACCGAUGGCAUCCACGUCCAACAAUCACAAAAUGUAGCAAUCUUCAACUCCUCCAUAAGAACCGGGGACGAUUGCGUCUCCAUCGGCCCCGGCACCCAAAACUUGUGGAUUGAACGCAUGGCAUGUGGUCCUGGCCAUGGCAUCAGCAUUGGGAGCCUUGCUAAAGACUUGGAAGAAGAUGGGGUGAAAAAUGUAACAGUGAAACAGGUUGCUUUUACAAAUACUCAAAAUGGUUUAAGAAUAAAAUCAUGGGCUAGACCCAGCAGUGGAUUUGUACAGGGAGUCCAGUUCCUUAAUGUCGUAAUGCAGAAUGUCCAAAAUCCCAUUAUUAUAGACCAAAAUUAUUGCCCACACAACAUCAAUUGCCCUGGUCGGGUUUCGGGUGUGAAAAUUAGCGACGUCGUAUAUCGGGGCAUCAAAGGUACAUCGGCGACGGUAGUUGCAAUGAAAUUUGACUGCAGUCCAAGAAAUCCAUGCAAGGGGAUUAGACUUGAGGAUGUGAAUCUGACUUACAAGAAUCAAGAAGCUAAAUCCUCAUGUUCCAAUGCAAAUGGAAAGUCUGUUGGCAAGGUUCUACCAGAUAGUUGUUUAUUGAAGUAG